UUCCUCCUCCUUCCCCCUUCUGUUUCUGUAUCUUUCCAUCAAUCUAUCUUUCUAGUGCUGUCCUCUUGAUUCUUCCUGAUUCUUCUUCUGUUACUUUUCCUAGCCUUUUCUGGUAAGCUUAGACUUUUUCCGGUAAUUUCGAAUCAGUCUUUCCGGUAGCUUCUUCUUCAUUCUGUGAAGUUUUUCCCUCGUCCGGAAGAUAAUCUUAUCCGGAGCAGGCAAGAUUUGAAGCUAAGAUUCUGUGUAGUUACUGUUGGAUGGCUACUGAGGAUAAAAUUGAAGGGACAAUGUUAGAAGAAAGCACUGUCAAAUCUGGUAUUUGCAAUUCCAAUUGCAGCCCACAAUCUGAGUCCAUGGACCAACUGAAGGAGUUACACUCAUUUAAGAGUGAUCAUACACCCAAGGUCAGGAAACCCUACACAAUUACUAAACAGAGAGAGAAAUGGACAGAGGAAGAGCACCAAAAGUUUCUUGAGGCUUUAAAAAUGUAUGGUCGUGGAUGGCGUCAAAUUGAAGAGCAUGUAGGAACCAAAACUGCAGUUCAAAUUCGAAGCCAUGCGCAAAAGUUUUUCUCUAAGGUGGUACGUGAAUCAAAUGGUAGCUCUGAGGGCCCUAUCAAACCAGUUGAGAUACCACCUCCUCGUCCAAAAAGAAAGCCAAUGCAUCCUUAUCCUCGGAAAUGCAGUGAUUCUACCAAAGGAAUGUCACUAGAAACUCAACUAGAGAGGUCUCCAUCCCCCAAUGAAUCGGUCAGAGAACAAGAGAACAAAUCACCCACAUCUGUUUUAUCUCCAUUUGCUUCAGAUGUUUUAGGGACUGGAGUCUCAGAGCAGCAACAUGGAUGCUCUUCCCCAACUUCUUGUACUACGAACAUUCAGUCAAUGAAUAUAUCUCUUGUUGAAAAGGACAGUGAGUACGUAACAUCAAACUCAUCUGCGGAGGAAGAGAAAUUAUCUCUGUUGUCUGUUCAGGUGUCUGCUCGUUCAGCUCUGGAGGACUUUCUGUCAAUGAAGUUCAAUAUGAGUUCCAAGGAUUCAUUAUGUGCUAAACAAGAUGCAGCAAAAGUCAUGCCUUCUACUAGCAUUAAAUUGUUUGGGAAAACAGUUAUGGUAACAGAUCCUGGGAAACCUUCUCCUAGUGUGGAGAAUUUGAGAUCACAAAUUUCUAAUUCCAGUCAAGAGAACCUUGAUGCUGAUGGUGAGAUGGUUGUUCAGACCCUACCAUCAAAGCAAUUAGACAAACAUUUAUCACUUGGUUCUUUCAUCAGAGAGAGGAAUUCUGAGCUUUCUGGACAUGCUGUCUACCCUAACAUGGAACUAAAAGUAGCAAAAACUGACAUGGUGAAACCCACACCUGAUGCUCCCAUGCCAUGGUGGGCUUUGUAUCAAGGUCUGCCCUUAUAUUACCUAACAUCAUUUAAGCCAAGCUCAGUUCAAACCCCUAGCAAUGCUUGGCUCAGUGAGAGCCAGAAAGAGAAAGAAAUUCUGAAUGAAAGAUCUUGUACUGGUUCAAAUGCGGGUUCAGUAAGUCAAGCAGAAAAUAGGGAGAAAAAUUCAGAUUCUGUUGAUUCUCAAUGUCGGCGACCUUGUUCUGAGGGAAAAGACAGCCCUCGGAGGUGUACAAAGGGAUUUGUACCUUACAAAAGAUGUUUAGCGGAGAGGGAUGUGUCGUCACCGGUGGUUGGCUCCGAAGAGCAGGAAAGGCAAAGGGCCCGAAUAUGCUAGUAGUGUGCUCACUGCUGUAGCAUAAUGAACUAGUGAACAGGUUCAACUAAUUUAGGUAGUGGGACGAUGGCCAAUAAUGCUUCAGGUUUUCACAUAACAAAGACGAUAGCAAAGAACUUUACGAGAUUCUAGUCUACUUUUCUCGUGUUUUCUUUCUCCGAAUGAGCUCUAUUCAAAUUGCAUAUACGUUUGAGCAUACGGAUGCUGAGAAAGCUGAGGAGCUGAUUGCAGUUUAACGUGGCUAAUAGCUUAAGAGGUUGGAUGGGCAGUGUGAUAGGUAAAGAUGGUCAGUUGUGUGUUCAGAAUUUGAAGUUCCAUUCUAGUUUUUACACUUUGAGCGGGGCAGUUGUUCUAUACAUAACGUCUCGAUGCUCCAUUGUGUUAUUUAGAUACUGAAUGUACCUUAUUUUGCAGAAUUGCAGCAAAUUUUAUAACUUUUAUGUUGUGAAGUUGAUUUUUUUCAUUGAUAUUUUUUGGAACUAACAAUAUUUUACGUUCUGCCAAUGUAAGUC